CUCCUUUCUCCUUCCCUCCUGUCCCCUCCUCUGCAGCGCCCAGGGCCCGUCCCUCUCCCUGCCAAUUUGGUCUCUGGCCCAGAAGAGCCGCGGGCCCAGCCCACUGCGGCAGCUGGCACAGCCCAGGACUGGCAGGGGUCGCGGGCCGAGCCCCGGAAAACCCCGGGGGGAAGGGAGGAGGAUGCGGAGGCUGUGGUCACGCACCCGUCCGGACGGGUGCGGGGGAGUACGGCUCUGAUGACCGAACGCAGCAUUUGGCGGGGACGGGCUUCUCCCCAAGCAGCGAAGGGCCCAGGGAGACGAGACGGGGAGCAUUUGCCAUCAGGAGCUGGGCCUGCCAUCCUGCCUGGACUCUUGGACUGCUGAAUGAUGAGGCUGCUGCUCACCAUCUUCCUAGGGGCCGCUGCCGGCCUGCAGCUCGCCCAUGCCCUCCAGUGCCACGUGUGCAGCCACCCAAACAACUGCAUGCAGCCCAUGCGGUGCCCGGCCCUGGUCACCCACUGUAUGACCACCCGCACGUACCAGACCCCGACCCGCAUCCUGGUAUCCAAGUCCUGUGUCCCCAAGUGCUACCCGACGGUGGAAGACAUCUACACCAAAAUUUUCAUCUUGCCGGAAUUGAAGGCCAAAGGUGUACACGCCACAGGUGGAACAAGCAGUAACGCACAGGAUCCACGUGUUCACGUCAGGUAUUAUCACACAUGGUCAAACACUAUCACACCUUCCCACAUGACACAUGCUCACCUGAUGAAGCUGGUCCUGGCAGUUCUCCUGGCAGCUGCCUUUGGGGGGCAUUGGGGUGGGAGUGUGGAAAUGGAUCCGGGGAAGCAGCUUUGGCCAAGCUGGGAGGGCUUCCUGGAGGGGAGUGUUGGGCCUCCCGGAUACCGAUGGGUUCGGCUAUUUGGGCAAGAACGAUUCCCCUACCUUGUUGUUUCCCCCUCCCCUGCUACAAAUCUCCCCUCUCUCAGAUUUAGGCAGCCUAAGGGCCAGGGGUGGAAGCCCAGGCAGAUUCUGUCCUGCAGCUGCAGGUCCGCGGAGAAGAUGUCCGGUGCCUACACCUGUGGCCUACAUCUAGCUCACGCCCUCAAGUGCCAUCAGUGUAAAGACUUCUAUGACUGCAGGGGGCCGGUGAUCUGCCCCCCAUUCUCCACCCACUGUCUCACCGCCUCGUCCAAAUCGAUGGGCCGGACCCUGAUCUCCAAAAUGUGCUACACGAACUGCCCCAACACUAAGGCCUCCGGCUUCGGGGACUACGCCUCCAUUGCCUGCUGCCAGGCCGACUUGUGCAAUCACGGCGGGGUGGCCCACGUGGAGGUCAGCUACGUGACCCUCGUGCUGGGCCUGUCCUUCAGCCUCAUCUGCACCCUCCUCCUCAGGACCGGGCUGUGACCUUCCCCUCUCCCCUCCCCCUGUGGAGAAUCCUAGAAUCCUGAGGACAGAACUCAACUUGUCCCUGUCCCCACUUUGAGAGAGGGUUCUCUCUCUCUUGCCUCUGACGGCGUCCAGGAAAGGAAGGUUCCCCAGCCUCCCCCAGCCUCCCUUGGGCCCUACACUUCCACCCUCAGGAAAAGGCACUGACGCUCCCACACUGGGCCCCAUCCAGACGGGCCCUCGGAAUCACUGCCAGGCUUGCUUGGAGAGUUUUCCCUCACCUCUGGCCACAGGACAGCCUGUGCCCGGGCUCUGACUCCCUCCCUGCAUGGAGAAUCCGAGAAUUCCAAAGACAGAGCUCAACUUGUCCAUGUCCCUGUCCCCACACUCUACAGAUGGGGUCUCUCUCUCUCUCUCUUCUCCCUCUGAUGGUCUCCAGGAAAAGAAGGUUCCUAGACCUCGCCCGGUCUCCCCUAGUCUCCCCUGGCCUCCCCUGAACUCUGCCCUCCCUCCCUCAGGAAAGGGGGCUGACGCUCCCACACCGGGCCCAGCCCAGACCGGCCCUCAGAAUCACUACCCAGGAUUGACUGGCCCCUGUUUGGGGAGAAAUCCCCCCUCACCUCCAGCCAUAGAGCAGCCUGUGCCCCCGACUCUGGCCCCCCCUUCACCCCAUGCCAUCCCCAGCUCAGCCGCACAAGGCUGAGACGCCACCACCUCCUCCACUACCCCAUUAUUAUUAUUCUGAAAAAUAAAAAUCGACUGGAAACA